GGGCGCGCUGCACGCGGGCUAACUCAUUGUGGUCGCGGAGUUUGUGUUGCUGGUAUUAGCUGCGAACCCAGAUUCCUCGCUUGGUCGAUUUCGCUCGCAGACCAUAAUGGCGGAUGCGCAAGACGACAAGCUUUACAAAGCGGAAUACGCAAAAAGCGGACGGGCAUCUUGCAAGAAGUGCAAGGAAAAUAUAGCGAAAGACUCGCUGCGUAUGGCGAUAAUGGUGCAGUCUCCCAUGUUUGAUGGUAAAGUCCCCCACUGGCACCACUUCUCCUGCUUCUGGCUUCGUGCUGGGGUCCAGUCCCCCGCUGAAAUCUCCGGCUUUUCUGACCUCCGCUGGGAGGACCAAGAAAAGGUCAAAAAGGCCAUUGAGAGUGGAGGUGCUUCAGGAGGAAAGGGUGAACAGAAGGGAGGAGUUAAAGGAGAGAAGACACUGAAUGACUUUGCAGUGGAGUAUGCUAAGUCAAACAGGAGCACCUGCAAGGGAUGUGAACAGAAAAUUGAGAAGGACCAGAUCCGUGUGUCUAAGAAGGCUGUGGACCCAGAGAAGCCCCAGCUUGGGCUCAUAGAUCGCUGGUACCACACAGCGUGCUUUGUGGCUCGACGCGAGGAGCUGGCUUUCAAGCCGGAAUACACCGCAAGCCAACUCAAGGGCUUUGCUACGCUCAGGGCUGAGGACAAGGAGGAACUGAAACAGAGGUUGCCUGCUGUCAAGACCGAGGGGAAGAGAAAAACAGAUGAGACUGAUGGGCAAGGAGUUUCUAAAAAACAGAAAAAAGAAAAAGAAGAGAAACAAGAGAAACAAAUGAAGGAGCAGAGCCAGCUGAUAUGGAGCAUCAAGGACAAGCUGAAGAAGUUCUGCUCCAUUAAUGACAUGAAGGAACUGCUCAUUGCCAAUGGACAGGAGGUCCCUUCAGGAGAAUCAAAUGUUGUGGACAGCUUGGCAGACUGUAUGGCAUUUGGGGCUCUGAAACCAUGUGAGGAAUGCCAGGGUCAGCUGGUAUUCAAGAGUGAUGCAUACUAUUGCACUGGAAACAUCUCUGCUUGGACCAAGUGUGUCGUCAAAACCCAGGCACCAAACCGCAAGGACUGGGUAACCCCCAAGGAAUUCCAUGAGCUCCCUUUCCUGAAGAAGUUUAAGUUCAAACGUCAGGACAGAGUGCUUCCCAAAUUGUCAUCAACAGUUCCGACCAAUUCAGCGCCAACCACAAGUUCUUCCAAUUCCAUCCCUGCAUCCACAUGUCAACCUGUGCUAUCAGACAAGCCCCUCAGUGGUCUAAAGGUGCUGACUGUGGGGAAGCUGACGAAGAACAAGGACGAGCUAAAGGCAGCCAUUGAAGAGCUGGGUGGAAAGGUCACUGGGACUGCUACCAAAGCCAAUCUCUGUGUCAGCUCUAAGAAGGAGGUUGAGAAGAUGAGCAAGAAGAUGGAAGAGGUGAAGGAUGCUGGGGUGCGUGUGGUGUCAGAGGACUUCCUUACAGAUGUAAAGUCCAGUGGCAAGGACCUGCAGGAUCUGAUCUCUCUUCAUGGUGUCUCCACCUGGGGUGCUGAGAUCAAACUUGAAGCACCUGCUCCCACCUCUUCGGCUGCUAUGCCUUGCAAGUCCAGCGGAGCUGGGAAGAGUAUGGGCAGAGUAAAGGAGGAGGAAGGUGGCAGCAAGAGUAAGAAAAUGAAACUGACAGUUAAAGGAGGAGCAGCUGUAGAUCCAGAUUCUGGUCUGGAAAACUGUGCACAUGUCUUGGAUCAGAAUGGGAAGAUCUUCAGCGCCACUCUUGGUCUGGUGGAUAUAGUCAGAGGGACCAAUUCUUACUACAAAUUGCAGCUCCUGGAGGAUGAUGUGCAGAAGCGUUACUGGGUGUUCAGAUCUUGGGGCCGUGUGGGCACCACCAUUGGAGGAAACAAACUGGAGAAGUUCUAUGACAAGAACUCUGCUAUGGACAAUUUCCGCAGUCUCUAUGAGGAUAAAACUGGAAACUCAUGGACCUCAACUAAUUUUACAAAGUAUCCCAACAAGUUCUACCCUCUAGAGAUCGACUAUGGACAGGAUGAAGACGCUGUGAAGAGGCUGACAGCAAGUGCUGGAACAAAGUCUGAGCUGUCAAAACCUGUACAAGAGCUGAUCAGGAUGAUCUUUGAUGUAGAGAGCAUGAAGAAAGCAAUGGUUGAGUUUGAGAUUGACUUGCAGAAGAUGCCCCUUGGAAAGCUGAGCAAGAGGCAGAUCCAAAGUGCCUACUCUCUGCUGAAUGAAGUGCAGCAGGCAGUGUCUGACAGUGUGCCUGAGUCCCAAAUCCUGGAUCUGUCCAAUCGCUUUUACACCCUGAUACCUCAUGACUUUGGGAUGAAGAAACCACCACUGUUAAAUAACCUUGACUACAUUCAGGCUAAAGUCCAGAUGUUGGAUAACCUGCUGGAUAUUGAAGUGGCCUACAGCCUUCUUCGUGGUGGAACAGAAGACAAUAAGAAGGACCCGAUUGACAUAAACUAUGAGAAACUUAAAACCAAAAUUGAGGUUGUUGACAGAUCUUCUAAGGAAGCCGAAGUCAUCUUGCAAUAUGUUAAAAAUACACAUGCAGCCACCCAUAACACCUAUACUCUUGAAGUAGAAGAGAUCUUCAAGGUGGUGAGAGAAGGCGAGUACCAGCGCUACAGGCCCUUCCAGGAUCUGCACAACCGGCAGCUGCUGUGGCAUGGCUCACGUACCACCAACUAUGCUGGCAUUCUGUCUCAGGGUCUACGUAUUGCACCCCCUGAGGCCCCUGUGACAGGUUACAUGUUCGGGAAAGGCGUGUACUUUGCUGACAUGGUGUCAAAAAGUGCCAACUACUGCCAUACCUCUCAGUCCGACCCUGUGGGGCUCAUUCUGUUGGGAGAAGUUGCCCUCGGCAACACGCUUGAACUAAAGAAAGCGUCACAUAUUACAAAAUUGCCAAAGGGUAAACACAGCGUGAAAGGUUUAGGAAGAACUGCUCCUGACCCCAGUGCCUCCGCGAUGUUAGAUGGUGUGCAAGUGCCUCUGGGUAAAGGCAUCAACACCAAUAUCGAGGACACUAGUCUGCUGUACAAUGAAUAUAUUGUGUAUGAUGUUGCACAGGUGAACCUGAAAUACUUGUUGAAGAUCAGAUUCAACUACCAGACGUCCCUGUGGUGAAGCUUUCAGGCUGAAGGAUUGGCAACAGCAUGACCCUUUAGUAGCUUCAAACUCCCUGUCACUCAAAGUAGACAUCUUUGGCAGUCAAGCAAGCAACAGAAUCUGAAAUCACAGCUGUCUGUUCUUUUUUUAAUUAUGGUGUUGUAGUUUGAAAACUUCAGCGCUCUACAAAAUGCAGUGUCGAUUGCUUGUACACUGUGCAGUGUCAUUUGCUGAAAUUUAUUUGUGCACUGCAAAGACGUCACAUGUUUCUCAGAUGGUGAAUACAUAUAUUGUGAACGGAAAUGUAUAAUGAAUACAAUGUUUGAGUCACUAGUUCCAAGUGGCAGAGUUCAGACUGCUGUGGCUGACACGUACAGUAUCACUAGAAAGACUGGAAGCCUUGACUGUCUGCUGUUAAAGUCCCCCACCCACCAACCAUAGCUGUAGGUAUACUUUCAGAUAUUUUUUGUUCAUUUCUCAAAAAUUCAGUAUUGAGUGGUGCUGAAGUUAAAAAUGAGAAUUGAGGACGGUUUCGGUACCUUUUUCAUAUUGCAAUAUUUCUGAUAUAGGGUCUUCGGAUGCAAAACAUUUUUCCUUCUGCUUGAGUGUCUCACAUAUAUAGAGGAAAAGCGCUUUAUGGGGACGCAUAAAAUGUUUUUAAGAAGCUUGACUGUUAAUGCACAUUCCUUGUGGGGUCCCUAUUCAGUAACAAAUGCAGGACUUAUAAACUGACACUUACAGUUGAUUGGAAAAUACUAGAAUCACUUAGAGUAGUUAGUGAUGCUACAAAAUAGAAGCUGUUUCACAACAGAAAAGGGCUUUAUAUUUUUCCUUUGCAGUGUUUUCGGUUUACAAUUGUGAGGCAUCGUUGUUGUCCCCUCAAAAUGUAAAAUUGCUUCACUUGUACCUUCAUUUUAAAUGGAAUAAAGCCCUUUUA